AUGAGCGCGACUACAGUGAACUCAUUUUUGAGGUCUUCAAAGUUGCCCCUUAUCUACAACUCUCGGGUAUUUUUGAGUAUUUUAUGAAUAACUGUUCUUCUUUUUUUUAGAACACAUGGAUCCUCAGGCGCGUUUUCACCCCGGAACCAACGUUGGACGGAUUUAUUCAGAAAAAUCCGAAUACUUUGCAAGAGUUUCAAAAGUAUGAAACAGUUGAGUAUAGAACAAACAAGCCUGCCCCUCCCGUUAAAAUAAUUCUCACUUGUGAUGUGGAGGGUCAGUAAACCUUUUUUUUCUUUGACUAACAUAAUAUUUGAAGGCGUUGGUCACCAGUUCGACAUUGUUGAUGUCUCUAGUAAAGCUGCAAGAACGAAUCUAUUACUUUCAAAAAAAGCCGUUUACGCAUCACCAUUCGACUUGAAAUAUUACUCGGAAAUGAAAGAGGUUUUUAUUAAACUUUGGAAAACUUUACUCUGGUUUUCGUUUCAGAAAAUGGCUGAAGAGUUGUCUUCUCGAAUAAGAAUACCGUUUGAAUUUAAACAAAUGGGUAGGGAGCUUCAAAAAACGCUCAUUCCCAUCAAAGUUAGCCUGAAUAAUGCGUGGGUCGUCAACAAAACGACAAUCAGAUCUUCGUUAAGGCAAAAGGUGAGUUUCUUUGCCGUUUAAAUCCAAAGUAUUUAUGUUUUUAGAAAGUCCUUAGAUAAAAGAACUUGAUAUUGAAAGGAUAGUAGAUCUCGCUUUGAAUUGUACGGGCAAAAUUUUCAAACUAAGAAAGAUUAUUAAGACCAAAAGAGAAAGUUUACCGUUCGAGCAAAAAAUCGAAGUGAGAAUUAUGUUUUAAAGAAUGGUUCAGAAUUAGGAGGUUGGUUUAAAAAAAAGUGCAGAAAUAUAAAAAAGUCGUAGAGGUUUUAAAAAUUUUGAGCAACCUUUGGCGCUAAAACUUUACCAAAAUUUAGUUUUUUCACAUGAAAAAUAAUGGAAACUUGAAUAAAUAAAAAAAAUUAGAACAGAGAAAUAAAUAUUUGAUUUUAUAGACUACUCCUGGAUCAAGUAUUUUUGGUUGAAAUUUUAAAAAAUCCUCAAUUGUUAUAAUAUAGGCGCCCCGGUGUAAACGAAAUAUUGCACAGUUUUAGUGAUUUGGUGUGGUUUCGAAUAUUCAGAUGUUUUAAAAAAUUCUUGAAAUGAUUGAGUUUUUCAAAUUUAUUAUCAUAACGUUUUAAGGGUAUUUUCGUCCCCUUGGAUUCUCUUCAUUUAUGUCAACCUGAAAUAUCCGGUCCAAGUUUUGACCUGGAAGCCAAGAUUGUUCGAUUUUACAUUGUUGUAUGUUAGCUCACAUUUCUUUUUUCAUUUUGUCAUAUUUUCUAGAUUUCGAAGCAGUACAUAGUUCCCAUGCUUGGGCGAAUCACUCACAUUUCAGUCGAUGAAGCUAAGCAGGUUUUAUUUCUUUCAAUUUUUCUGAAACUGAAAAUUGUUUUAGAUAAUUUCUCCCGCGUUUUCAUCCGUUCCAAGCGAUGAUGAUCUCCGAAAACAUGGCUUACGGCCGGAGUUCCCAAUUUUCAGCCGCGUUCCGGAGUUCGACGAAAACUAUCCUGUGGUCGAAUUCAUGAAAGACAACGCACCGUCGAAACCGUCAUAG